AUGCCGACCAGCACUGCGACGCACGACGUCGAGCUCGAAAUCGUCAACGACACGAACGCACCUGUCACGGUCCGCAUCGCGCGCAACGCGGGCAGCGUGCGCGUGCCCGCGGGCGACGACAUCCGCCUCGUGCUCGCGACCGGCACGCUCUACAAAUACGUCCUCGAGCGGGACGUCGACCCCCGCGCGGGCGUGCGUGCGGUCGAGAUGUCCGUGAACAUCUGGCGCGACGCGCGGUGCAAGGUCUCCCAGGUCUUCGCCGCGCCCUACUCGCCCUACCGCUGCGGCUGCAACUGGCAGAUCCCGCUCGGAGACGGCAUCAAGGUGGCCUUGCAAUUGGUGUGCGACGCCUCUCCGGCAAGCCGCCACAGCCACCACUCGCGAAUAGCGACCGACCCGUGUGAAGAUACCGGCUGGGCGACAGGGGCGGGAACCCGAUGA